AUGCACCGCGAGCGUCUCGUCGACCGCCGUUGGAUAUCGCGCGACUCCCAGUGCGAGAUCGAGUACCGUCGAGCGUUAUCAUCUCAAACACAAAAAGCCGGACUCGACUCGGAUGCGCCGGUCAGCUACACCGUCAAGCUCACCGAUCCCAAGGGUGUGUCCACCACGGGCCAGACGCAGGGUCCGGCGUGGCCCAUCCCGCAACCCGCCAUGAACGGCACCUACGCCAUCCAGAUCACCCCAAGCAACAAGUACGGCCAGGGUCCGAGCGCCACCGGCCAGGGCGCGGUGGUGGUGUUCAGCAUCACCGGCACCAGCGCCAACUGGCUGUCGGCUGACGUGACUGGGUACGAGAGCGGCGAUCGGAUCACCGUCGAGCCGCAGUAUCCCGACGGCAGCCCCGUGAUCAUGCAGGGCGGAUGCAGCGCCUUGCCCCUCUCCACCACGUGCACCUCCAUGGGCAGCGGCACCAGUCGGUGCGUGGCCGCGACUGCGCCCACCUACGGUGUCGAUCCAAGCAAGCCCACGCCCGCCACCGUCGCGUCAAAGUUCCCCAGAUCGUCGACCCCGGCAUCCAUGUCCAACAUCCACAUGAGCCAGUAA